GCAGGAAGCCACAUGUAACUAUUGCGUAGAAAAGGGCCAUAUUAUGCGGUUUUGCCAACUCCUUUCAAGAGAUGAGAAGGAAGGAAUUGUCUUCCCCACGAUACGAGGUGAAGUCUUCGAUUACGAAGGGAACCUGAUCUACCCCAACAUUGAAGGGGGUAUGAGGAAGGAGGCGUUUCGCCGAAUGGGUCGUCCGCUGCCGGUGACGUUCUGGAUUGCUUCUCCCGAAGAAGCGCGGCUGGCCGGGGUCGAGGAGGCCAUGGCGUCGCUAUAUAUUGACGACUCGUCGCCGGAACCAGGAGGGCUUAGGGAACAAGUGGUGGAACGAGCGCAAAACAUCACGAGGCGGCUUGCCCAAUGCCGGGACUCUAUCAUCCGACUUUGCGUAGGCAUGGAGGAAGUCAGGCCUGGAUUGCCAAAUGUCUUUCUCUUCGGCGAAUGGGGUGAUAAAAGGGAAGAUGCGUCUGGCCAAGCUGGGACGUCUGCUCCGAGAGAAGCAUCGCAAACCAAGCUAAUGGUAAGCAAGAUGCGACCCAGGCCUGUGCUAAAGAGGAGUGCUCCGACUGUAGCCGUUCAGACUCGGAUGCGACGACGAAACGAGCAGCUUCAGAGGGAAAGAGAGUCUGAAAAGGCAGUGGAAGAAGAGUCCAUCCCCGUUAGUGAGAACGAUGAGGAUAACGAGGAUGAGAAGUUGCGGGCCGAAGAGGAAGAACGGGCUCGUCGUCGUGUGCUGGAAAGGGGGCCAGAGAAACGGAAGACCGAAGCAGGCGAGGAGGAACCACGAAAGAAGAAGAACAUUUACUCGAUCCCCGUGGAGCAGGGGGUCGAUAUCGAGCGGCUUGUCGAUAAGAUUCUAGAAAGUCAGUGCGACUUGGUCACGCUGAAGGAAAUUUUGGCGUUAUCGCUGAAGAUUCGAGAAGAGUUUAAACAGCGGAUGACUCGCAAGAGAGUCAUGAUUGUUAAGCUCGGCGAAGUGAUUCCGCUGGAGGCUAACUGGUCCCCGCCUGGGACAAAGAUGGAUUGGCGAAGUGUGUCGACCGACCAUAUUAACGUCCAGAUUGGACAACAGGAGUGUUCGGCACUUGUGGAUGAUGGAGCCGAGAUGAACAUCAUUCGUGAGCGCCAUGCCAUCAAAGCUGGGUUGAAAAUCAACCGAGAUGACUAUGGGUUUUUGGUGGGGGUUAGCGGAUCGACCUUAUUUUGCGGAAAAGCCUGUGGCGUUCUCGUCACGGUCGGAAAGGUCAAAGUCUGCUCUUAUUUCUACGUGUUACCUAGAGUGGAACACGAGGUGCUUCUGGGAAGGGCGUUCCUAUGUCGGUCAAAAAGCAUCAUCAUUAACAAGCAUGAUGGAACCAUGUUUGUAAUCCUUUGUGAUCCUGUCUGCGGUUAUUACGAAGUGGUCAAGUGUGCGAACACUGGACCCUAUUGCUCGCGAAACCGGCUGAACCCGGAAUCCUAUAGCUUCCCAGAAUUAGAAAAGUUGAGACGGGAGAAGGAAUCGUUAGGGGAGGAGCCUAAUGCUCGUGAGUUCUCGCUGACCCUGCCUGAUAUUGGGCAGGUAAUCGAUUUUGUGUCAACACAUGCGGCGAUUGAUCCAAAUGUGGUGCAGGCAUUGACGGAGAUCAUCACGGACACCGGAAGCGCAAGAACUAUGCGCCUUGUUUACUCCCCGUUAGAGGGGAAUAAGGGAGAAGAUCAGAAAUUGCCCUCCACUCGACAGGGUCCUUUUUCAGAGGGCGCAGGCUUGACACCGGCGCCAAACGUAAGUAUAAGAAAGUAGGCGUGAACGCGAAGCCGGUACCUGUUCUGAUCACUCAAGAGGAGGAAGUCUAUUAUCGUGAGGAGCGCGAGUGGAUCAGAAAGAUGAAAGAGAGAGGUGAAAAUGGUCCAUGUCGGUUAACCAAAGAAAGAGUGGAAAGUAUGAUCAUUAGGGAUGAGAACCUCCUCACUGAGCAGGAAAAAGGGUAUAUCAUCUAUAUAUUGAAGGAGGAAAAUCUCUCCUAGGCGUUCGAUGAUGAUGAGCGGGGAAGGAUGGAUGUCGAUAAAAUCCCGAUGAUCAG